AUGUUCUCUCCAGGAACUAAGCGACUCAAUGUGAACCCUCGUCGGGACCCAGGAUCUCCGGCCACUCCUCUCGUCGAGAACCGGCGAUCUGUUUCCGAUAACCCGGUCCCGAACCGGCCCAGUACCGGAACUCCGGCUCCCUGGGCUCCUCGCUUAUCUGUUCUCGCCAGAGUUUUACCAGCGAACCAAAGUGAGAAAGGGGAUGAAAUUAAGCCUGUAUAUGUUGGAGAGUUUCCCCAAGUUGUUCGUGAUGAACAGGCCAGUAUGGUCCAGAAGCAUGUUCAUGGUGAUGCAUAUGUAUCUGGUGGAAUGGAGAGGGGAACAUCUCUGGCAUGGAUUAUAUGCGGAAACAGACUCUUCGUGUGGAGUUAUCUGUCUCCUGCAGCAUCGAUCAAUUGCAUUGUUCUUGAAAUCCCUGCAAAUGUUUUUGAAGGUGGGGAUGUGGGCAGAAGUGGUGGGAACUGUUGGUUGCUUUGUGUUGUCAAUUGGGAUAGCACGUCUACAAGAACAAAGAAAGUUGUUAAACACUGUAGCUCUGCUGGUAUUGUAUUGUGUAACAAAAAAACUCAAGCUGCGGUGUACUGGCCUGACAUUUAUGCUGAUGGCAGAACUGCCCCUGUUGUUAGUGUUGCAUCUUCUGAUGAAUUGGAGGCAAAUUCUUCACCUAUUGAUAGGAAGACCACCCCAAAGCGACACAGGCACAGGAGUAGUUUGACUGGGUUUUGUACAUUUAACUCUUUGAUUGCUUCUGCAGUCCCUGAUUCCCAGAAUAUGUGUGUUGCGCUUGCCUGUAGUUCAGAUGGCGAGCUAUGGCAGUUUCAUUGCAGCCCAUCUGGUGUUAGCCGUAAGAAAGUAUAUAGGGACAAUCAGACUCUUUCCUCCCAAGGGGGUGACAAUGGUCAAAACCUAGGAAGCAAGGGUUAUCCAAGGUCACUGACCUGGUGUUUUCCAAGUCUUCCUAUGCAGGAAUCUAACAGGCAGUUUGUUCUUCUGACAGAUCAUCAUAUUCAAUGUUUUAAUGUUGAACUUUGUGCUGAAUUUGCUGUAUCAAAACUCUGGUCUCAUGAGAUUAUUGGCUCAGAUGGGGAUCUGGGCAUUAAGAAAGAUUUGGCUGGGCAGAAGCAAAUCUGGCCUCUCGAUAUGCAGGUGGACUAUCAUGGUAAAGUGACUACCAUUCUGGUUGCUACCUUCUGCGUGGACCGGAGUAGUAGUUCAAACUACACACAGUAUUCUCUAUUGACUAUGCAAUAUAAAUCUGGAAUGAGUGUAGAGCCUACCCAUGAAAGAGUUUUAGAGAAAAAAGCACCUGUGCAAGUGAUAAUCCCAAAAGCAAGAGUGGAAGGUGAAGACUUCUUAUUCUCCAUGAGGCUGCGGGUAGGAGGCAAGCCUUCAGGAUCAGCAAUCAUCCUUUCUGGGGAUGGAACAGCAACAGUAUCUCAUUAUUUUAGAAACUCUACAAGGCUCUAUAAAUUUGACCUACCUUAUGAUGCUGGAAAGGUUCUAGAUGCUUCAAUUCUUCCGUCUACAGAUGAUGGUGAAGAAGGGGCAUGGGUUGUACUCACCGAGAAGGCAGGAAUAUGGGCAAUACCUGAGAAGGCUGUUAUACUUGGUGGGGUUGAACCUCCUGAACGAAGUUUGUCACGUAAAGGUAGCUCAAAUGAAGGAUCUGCACAAGAAGAGAGAAAAAACCUUACAUUUGGAGGCAAUUUUGCUCCUAGAAGGGCUAGUUCUGAAGCAUGGGAUGCUGGGGAUAGACAAAGGGCUAUGACUGUAAGUGCACGUCAAACUGCCCAAGAUGAAGAAUCAGAAACUUUACUGAGCCAGCUUUUCCAUGAUUAUCUUUUAUCUGGGCAAGUUGACUCCUCGUUUGAAAGGUUAAAAAAUUCUGGGGCAUUUGAUAGGGACAGAGAGACAAAUGUUUUUGCGCGAAUGAGCAGAUCAAUUGUUGACACUUUAGCUAAACACUGGACAACAACUAGAGGAGCUGAGAUUCUGGCAAUGGCUGUAGUAUCCUCCCAACUCAUGGAUAAGCAACAGAAACAUACAAAAUUUCUCCAGUUUCUUGCUUUAUCCAAAUGUCAUGAGGAGCUGUGUUCGAGACAGAGAAAUUCUUUGCAAAUUAUCUUGGAGCAUGGUGAAAAGCUUGCUGGAAUGAUUCAACUAAGGGAAUUGCAGAACAUUAUCAGCCAGAACCGCUCUAGUAGACUUAACUCCUCCCAUUCUAGUCCAGAAAAUCAAAUAUCAGGUGCUCUCUGGGAUCUCAUUCAAUUAGUUGGUGAGAGAGCCCGCCGGAAUACUGUUCUUCUGAUGGACAGGGAUAAUGCUGAAGUCUUUUACAGUAAAGUUUCUGAUCUUGAACAAGUGUUCUCUUGCUUAGACAAACAGCUAGAGUAUGUAAUAAGUGCAGAGCAGUCAUUUGGGAUUCAGGUCCAGAGAGCUUGUGAACUGUCAAAUGCAUGUGUUACUAUAGUUCGUACAGCCAUGCAAUACAGAAGUGAGCAUCACUUGUGGUAUCCGCCACCUGAGCGCUUAACACCUUGGUAUUGUCUAGCUGUGAUGCGCAAUGGGAUGUGGCACCUCGCUUCCCUCAUGCUGCAGCUGUUAAAGGAGAAAUCUCCACUUGAUGUGUCUGCAAAAUCAGAUUUAUAUACUCAUCUAGAAGUGCUGGCUGAAGUUCUGCUUGAGACAUAUGCUGGUGCUGUUACAGCUAAAAUUGAACUAGGAGAUGAACACAAAGGCUUAUUAGAUGAGUAUUGGAAUAGGAGGGAUGCACUCCUAGACUCUCUUUAUCAACAAAUCAAAGAUUUUGUGGAAGUUGGGCAUCAGAAUUUAAAUGAAGGAACUGAUGAUCUAAAUGAAGAAAUUCUUGCGAAGCUUUCGUCAUGUUUGCUGCCCAUGGCAAAACGGCAUGAAUGCUACAAUACUUUAUGGAAAAUAUGCUGUGAUCUGAAUGAUUCUGGACUACUAAGAAAUCUGAUGCAUGACAGCAGGGGACCUAAUGGAGGGUUCAGUGGCUUUGUGUUCAAACAACUUUAUCUAAGGAGACAACUUUCCAAACUGCUUAGGCUUGGGGAAGAGUUUCCUGAAGAGCUAUCCAUAUUUUUAAAGUAUCAUCAAGAUCUUCUGUGGCUUCAUGAAGUGUUCCUGCAUCAAUUUUCUUCAGCUUCGGAAACUCUUCAUGAAUUAGCUCUUUCUCAAGAAGAAAGCUCAAUUUCAGAAGCUGAAGGGGGGACUGGUCCUGAGAAUCUGACUAUGUUAUCGAAACUGGCAGACAGAAAGCGUUUUUUGAAUCUCUCAAAAAUAGCUGCAAUAGCAGGUAAGGAUGUUGAUUCUGAGACCAAAGUGAAGCGCAUUGAGGCUGAUUUAAAGAUUCUAAAGUUGCAGGAAGAAAUAAUAAACCUUCUUCCUGAUGAUGAAACAAAGCAAAGCCUUGACACAAAGCUACUUCAUCCAGAAGAUCUUAUCAAGCUGUGCCUUGAAGGUGAAAAAAGUGCGGAGCUGUCACUGCUUGCUUUUGAUGUAUUUGCAUGGACCAGCUCCUCCUUCCGUAAGACCCAUGCAAACCUUUUAGAGGAUUGCUGGAGAAAUGCUGCUGAUCAAGAUGAUUGGAGCAAACUCUAUCAGGCAUCGGCAUCUGAAGGGUGGAGUGAUGAGGAAACCUUGCAGAACUUGAAAGACACCGUGCUUUUCCAGGCAUCAAAUAGAUGUUAUGGACCAGAAGCUGAAACUUUUGGAGAAGGGUUCAACGAAGUGUUGUCACUGAGACAAGAAAUCACGGAGCCUCCAAUCAUGAAGGAGUCGGUUUCUUCUGUGGAAGCAGUACUCAUGCAGCAUACGGAUUAUUCAGAGGCCGGGAAGCUGAUGCUGACCGCGAUCAUGUUGGGUAGUUUACAGGACGAUAACAUAGAACAAGAAGGUCCUGUGCCAAUGGAAUGA